GCUGGCAGGAAGUUUGUCCCGGUCGCCUCGCCGUCCGGUAUCCAAGGCGGGCCGGGAGAGCGGGCCCUAGCAACGGGCCGGGACCGGGCCCCGGCGCCAUGGCAGCCGCCGCCGCCGCAACCCCAGCCCCGACCGUCUUCCUGCUUAUGGUGAACGGGCAGAUCGAAAGCGCCCGGUUCCCCGAGUUCGACGAUCUCUACUGCAAGUACUGCUUCGUCUACGGCCCCGACUGGGCCCCCACCACGGGUUUGGAAGAGGGAAUAUCUCAGAUCACCUCUAAAAACAGAGAUGCACAGCAAGCCCUUGUGUGGAAUUUUCCAAUUGACAUCACCUUUAAAAGUACCAACCCCUCUGGCUGGCCACAAAUAGUGGUAAGUGUCUAUGGACCUGAUCUUUUUGGAAAUGAUGUCGUCCGAGGUUAUGGAGCUGUACAUGUUCCGUUCAUACCUGGAAGUCAUAGAAGAACCAUUCCUAUGUUUGUUCCAGAAUCCACGUCUAAGCUGCAAAAGAUUACAAGUUGGCUUAUGGGAAGACACCCAGAGUUCACUGACCCAAAAGUGGUAGCGCAGGGAGAAGGCCGAGAAGCUUGGCUGGCCCUGAGGAUCCGGCCCAGGGCGCCCUCUGGAGCUGCUAACCACGCUGUGCUGAACUCUCGCUGUACAACCUUCCAGCCACCAGAAUGUCCUUCGAAGGAGUGACGGGGUUCAGGGCAAGCCACCAAGCUCUAGGACCGCUGCUAUGCCAAGCUGAGGCCGGCCUGGGAGAGGAACGAGAGCCACUGCUCUGCCUCACAAACACACCGAUGCCAGAAAGACCCAACUCAGCCUGGCUGCGUCACGUUCACAGGCAGACUCGGCAAAUGUAUAUAACUGAGGCACUUAGAGCACCGCCGGCUACGAAGUCCUUCUCCAAAGAACGUCCGGAUGACAUGUCAAGUGCUCCAGUGGGCUACACAGGGCGUAUCGUCCUUCAUUCGAUGGGUCCAGCUCACACGCUGCAUGUGCAAGGACACACCUAGCCGGGAUUUAAGUCUGAAGCUGGGCGCUCGUCAGGUACAGAGGGUGUCGGGGGCAGAGUUAAGGUUGAUUGGGUGACUUUAGCUGGACUUUGCCUUGCUUUCCAAUGGUUGGGGGUUUUUUUAAGGGGAGCCUGGCUUUUUAAUUUCCUGUGCUUCUAACGUUCGUUAACUACAAGCUUCAUUUAAGGCAGGGGUUACAAGACGAACGCCGCAUUAACUCCAGCUCACAGAGCUGCCCUGAACCCGCACCCGCAGCUUCUCGAACGCACAGAUUGCGGGCAGGCGAGGCCCUGGGGUCUUUGCAGUCCCAGCCUAACCCAGGUGCCCAUCACAGCUCAUCAGCCUGGCUUGUGUGGUGAGGGGGAAAUGGGUGGUCAUUUUUAUUGACGGCGUGUCGUUAGUCUGACACGUCGCUGCCCAGACAUGGCAAAGUCUCCGAGCUGCUUGGAGCCCUGGAGAGAGAGGCCACGAGAGCCCCCACUUGGAAGACGGCCCAAUUCCUGGGCUGAGUGUGUAGCAGGGCCCGAGACUUGGUGCAUUUUCAGGUUUCUCUUGGGACGUUGGGUCAGUGGCCGAAGCUCGGUUCUUGCUUGGGCAAAGUUCCCAGGGAAGUCAAAGGGAGUUUUGCCUGCACAAGGAGGAAUUGAAAACUGAGCAAGAUCAUCAGGGCUCGACCCAAUAAAUAUCAGUAUUAUUGGGGGUGGGGGGGCGGGGGAGAGGCGUACUUCAUAGCAAGGGUUGGCCUAGCUCACUGCACACCCCAGGGGCUCCUUGCAUCCCCCCCAUAGGAUCCCUGGGUGCCACCCUCCCCUCCCCCUCAAUUUCAGGGACCCACUGCAACACCUCUCCCCUACCCUCACGCCAGCGGCUGUGUGUGCACUCCCCAAUUCCCAUACCCCCAUGGCUAGGACUCCAUAUGACUCUCCUUCCCCCAAUUUCCUUGCACCAGGAGCUGUGUGUACCCCCCAUUCCUCCCCCACAUAGCAGGGGCUCUUUGUUCAUCCCCCUGCCAGAGGUUCUGGCUGCACCACUCCCCCAUUCCCCCCUCACCUCCAUGCCAGGGGCUCCGCAUGGCCCCACGGUCCCCAAUUUUCCCUCCAUGGCGGGGGCUCUGUGUGUGCUCCCAUUUCCCCCCUGCUCUCCAUAUCAGGCUCCCCCAUUCUCCCCACACACACUGCUGCCCCGAGCUGUCUGCUGAGCUGCUAAUAGAAUUCAGGCCCCCUGAGGUGCAGUGCCCUUGUUGGAUCAUAUUAAAGAAGUUCUGUAUUAAAAUCACAAAUGAGUUUGAUUCCCCAUAGUUUAAAUUCCAGGGUAUUACUAAUUAAGAGGUCUCUUGGGUUUUGGUACUGUUUCUCUCCCUCUAUGUGUGAAACUUGCAAGCUGCGAAUUGUGUUAGUACAUUCUAAGACAGAGUCUGUUCUCAAAGCAAUUCACAGAGAGAGAGACUCAAAGCAAUACGCUAACAACAGAAACAGCACCCAGAGACUCCCCACCCUUUUGUUGUAUUAACAAUUGUGAUUAAAAUAGAGAUAGAGGAUGUAUGUGGAUGGAUGCUGGGUGUGGAUAAUAACUGAAUGAUCAGGGAGGUGCCAGCCUAAGAAUCCAGUGUCCAUCGGCUGAAGAAGGUGUCAAGUGGAAAUAACCAGAGGACCCCCGGAGGGCAGACUGGAAUCCACCCAACAGCCUCAAGAAUGGGAGAACCAAAGAACAAGAUAACGUCUGGCAGCACGGAGCCGUCAGGAAUGUGCCAUCUGUUUAUUGCUUCAGCAACAGCAUGAUGAAGUAAUUCCCAUAGACUGGCAUAGGAAGAAAUUCCUAUAAAAAUGGACUCUAAAAAGUGAGAACUUUGGGGAGUCUGAUUCUGAAAACCAACUUCCAGGAGCAUCAGAUGAGCAUCUGACAAGGCCCUGCUCCCUCCUCAUGUCCAGGCCACCUGGCCAGUGGCUUGGCGUGAGCAACUCUAAGGCUGGUAACUAUGAUAACAACCUUGCAGAACCUGUGUGUGUGUGUGUGUGUGUGUGAAUAAAUAUGAGAUGGAAUGGAAUGUUAGAGCUAUAACUAACUGCUUACUAUGAUUCUUUCUGUAUUCACAAUAAAUGUGGUAUUUUGCCUUUUCCUCUUUAAUAAG